UAUACAUUUCUUAACUUCCCGUCAGUAGGUACCCAACCACACGUACCUACUUACCUAUUUCGAUAAUCUUUUAUAUUCAAAACACCGAAAAUGUUGUUCGCGUUCAUGUUAGCGUCGGCGUUGGCCGCGACCACCGCGGUGCUCGGUCGUUCGAUCGAACCGUCACCGGCGUUGCAGAUGACGCUCGUCGAAGAAAACCAAAUCGAAAGCCAAUACGAAGAGACGGGACAGAUCUUGGCCACGGACGACCGAUCGUCCAACUUGAAGUACGUGAUGGCCAUACAGAGCUCGAGCAUUUGGACGGAGAUCAAGAAACGGUCGUUGACGAUCAACGCGCCGCAGGGGUUGAACGACGUCGCGAUCGACAAAUCGCUGGAAAAUUUGUCGGACGAAGAACUGGCGCUGCUCAAGCAAGUGUGCCACGACGGGCUCAAGUGCGUGGCCGUCGACCAGCUGUUGGUGCUCUACUCGGUCCGAGAACCGCUCGGCGACGGGAAGUUGUCGGUGCGCACGGUGAUCACCAAGAUCACCGAGGUGAUCACCAAGUACACGGACGAGUACCACGAGGACGUUUACGAGUACGAGGCGGUCACGCAGUCCGACGACUCGUCCAAAGUGUACGAAUCAGUGACCACCAUAGUGGAGGACAACAAGGAACUGUGUCAGAUCGACAUCGGAGCGGUGGCGGUGGCGGCGGCGGUCGAAUGCUAUUUCGAAGAGGUCGAUGGUGGCGGCAGCGUCGAUACUCGGUCCGCGGUUCCACCGGUCGUCAACAACGACGUCACCGUCAACUACAACGAGGUCGAAAACUAUAACGUCAACAACGACACCGUCAACAUUGCCUCCAUCAAAGCGCCGCCGACCUCCGACGGUGUCGUCGUCACUUUGGGCACCGAUGACCCGGCCGAAAACCGUUCACCGGACCGCCGGUACGUCGACGGUGCUGUCAGCGGUACGUCGACCGGCAACGAGACCGCCACAACCGUCAAACCCGUCUCGACCGCCGACGGUCGCCAGACUUCCGCCGGGCGACCUCCCCCGACUGCUGACGGCGUGUCCGGUGACCGUGGUGACCGUUGGCGACGGCCCGAAGACUUCGACCGGAAAUCCGCCCCGAGCGGUUCGGACGUCGGGAAGAACAACGAGACGACGGUGAAAAACGCCGCGGAAAACGGCCACGCGGAAUCCAACUCGGACGUCGUGAUCGCAGGUUCGCAGGACGACGCGAGUGUGCGAAAAGGCUACGUGGCCAAUGGUACACUAAACAACGGUAACAUGGUCGAGUACGACAUCAACAACGGGACGAUCAACACGGGCAAUAUCGAGGGGAGCACCGCCGACAGCGGUAUCAUAAACGUGGGCACGGUCAACAACGGGCCGGUCAACUACGGUACCUACGACAAGCUCACCAACAACGGAAGUCUGGUGGCGUUGAACGGAAACGACGUCCAAAAAUAUCUGUCUUCCGUCGACAACAUGUACUCGACGAUCUUAGAACGGCUCGGCUGAUCUGACCGUCAGUCGCCAUAAGUAUCGCUACCUAUAGAGUUAAUCGUGUCGAAUCGUAUAACUACCUAUUUUUUAACCUUAAACGCGUACGAUUUCCUGUCUGUUUGUAUUAUUAUUGUAUGCCUAACCUAACGUCACAUCGUCGCCGUGUGAUAGUAUUAUUAUUAAGUCAUCACCACGUCGUCAAAAUAAUAUGUUGCAAUUUUUCGUGAUUAUUUUAUUUUAGAUUUUAUUCAUCGUUAGUAUUUAGUUCCGAGUAAUAAUUAUUAUUCGAUUAUUAAUAAUUGUAAUAAUUUCGUAGUUGUUAUACGUAUUGUCGUACAUGUUUAUCGAUACGGAAUAACAGAAAACACGUUGUGGUCAUUCCGUGCCAAAGUCUUAACCUUACAUGUCGUUCGAACGGUCAUUACAAUAUUAUUAUAAUUGUUAGCGCGCAAAGUUUUAGUUCUUUAAAAUGUCAGCACACACAUUGUUAAUUGAUUAAAUAUAAUGUAAUUCUUGAUGUCUAAACAACUAUAAAGUAUUGUUACGUUGGUAGACACCUACAAUAUUACUUUGCUAAUAUAUAAUUUUUUUUUGUUCACUUAUCAUCAAAUUUCUAUCUAUUAUAUUUGCUAUGUAUCCAA